GGUCCCUGAGGUGAAUUUUGGAGUCCCUGAGGGGGUUUUGGUGUCACUGAGGAGGUUUUGGGGUCCCUGAGGGGUUUUUGGGGGUCUCUGAGGGGGAUUUUGGGGCAUCCUGGCCCCUCCCCCUCCAGUUAAGCCCCGCCCCUCCGGCAGGUGCUGGAGAAGCUCCGCCCCCUCGAGCUGGGCCUCAAGUACCAACUGGAGAAGCUGCUGCGGGCGGCGGCCCAGGGGGGGCGGGGCCCCGACGACCCCCUGAGCUUCCGCCCCGCCCCUUCCAACAUGGCCGCCCAGGAGGAGGAGGAAGAGGAAGGGGAGGAGCCUGAGGGAGGGGGCGGAGCCAAAGCCCCCGGGCUGGGCGGGGGGCGGGGCCGGUACCGCCCCCCCAAACUGGUGCCCGUCAGCUACGCCCCCGAGGGUCCCGACCCGGCCUCCCUGGAGCUCUCCCGGCGGCGCCGCCGAGCCCUGAACGGCUCCGUCCUCAGAGAGCUCCGCUUGGAGCUCAGCGAGGAACCCCCCGAGCUGGGACCCGCCCUGGGGGCACCCCCAGAUCGAGAACAACAGCACAGGCUGCGCUUGGAGGAGUUCGGACAGCUGAGGCCUCCGCGCCCAGAGGGCAGUGGGCUUGGCCGGGUGGCCGCGGGCGGGGCCCGGGGGACCUGGAGACCUCACCCAUUUCGGGCCUUCCCCGCCUCCUGGCGGCCAAUCAGGAGGGGAGGAGCCUCGAGGAAGAAGAAGAGGAAGACGAAGAUUCCCAAAAGAGGGGAGGAAGG